AUGGUGAUCCUGCUCCAGUCGGGCUGUGUUGCGUCCACCAAUGGGUCGGGUUUGCUGGAGGCUUCAAGUGGGCCGCAGUCUGCCUGGCGGUACGCCUCCGCCACAGUAGGGAUAACUGAACAAUCAAAUCGUUACGCCAUUUGCCUCGAUUUCGGCGCCAAAGAGGGUCGCAUCAUGUCAUGUAUGGGCAUGACAUUCCCUAUCUCGGUACACGCAAAGCCACACCACACCCCGGAGCGGCCGGUGUACGCCGAACGUCGCGCUGUAAUACCCCCGCACUCAGUGGCUACAGUACCUACACGCGUCUUGUCCGAGCUUCCUAGCGAGCGCGAGCGGACGCUGACCCCGUUCGCGCACGACUGCUUGGACCAGACAGCUUCUAUUUGA